AUGCUGCCACCCAGCAUCCAGAUCCACGAGGGACCUGGCCAAGUUGUUGUCAAGCUCGCUGACGGGAAACCACGCCGCGUAUCUCGGCGCGAAGUGUCGUUGCCGUACACGUUGGACAGCUUUCGCAGUAACGACAAUUUCUUGGUGAUUAAAAUGAAUUAUUCAUUCGAUUGCAUCCUGGGCAUGCCAUGGUUGGCACGCUAUAAGCCCCAGAUCGACUGGUUAGCCAAAUCAGUGAGACGUCGAAGCAAGUUCGACGUCAGCGAAGUGUUCACCCAUCUCUUGGUGUCUCCAAGUGAUUGGCCGAACGUUACAGUCGUGGAUCGUACAUCCACGACACCGGCGGUACACAGAGUGAGCGAUGGCCCUCUCUGUACCGCUUGUUCCGUGCCCCUACGCACGAGUGAUGAUGUCUCCUCACUUUGCAGCGAGGAGUCCGACGUGGACGAGCAGUGGCUCCCGCGUAACGACGACGCGGACGAGCAGUGGCUCCCGCGCGACGACGACGCGGUCGAACAGCGGUUCCCGCACGAGAGAGCAGUGGUCGAACACGAACAAGUGUCCCCACCUGCACCCAUUGUGGUCGAGCAGAGGCUCCCACAAGGGCAAGAUGUGGCCGAGCAGGGGCUUGCCACCGAGUGUGACGUGGAUGGACAAGAGUCCCCACGUGCGAACAUGAUGGUCGAACAGGGGUUCCCAUCGUCGCCUACUGUGGUCCAACAGAGUUUCCCACAUGAGCAAGACGUGGUCGAGCAGGGGCUCCCACACGAGUUUGUAGCGGUAGAGCAGGGGCUCCCGCAUCAUGCGUCGACGGACGAGUAUGGACUUUUCCCGUCACGCGAUUUCGACGUCCUGGAUGAGGACAUCCAGCGUCUAGAGGGGGGUGCAGAUUUAACACCUGACUGCGGUUCGCCAGCUUCGAGCAUGGACUCGAAGCACGAUGGGGACGCAAGCUACGAUAACUCAGCGUUGGAAUGUGUCCACGCUAUUGUGUACGUGGACGGAAGUCCACAAAGACGCCAAUACAUUGAGGUCGCGAGUCCACCUCGCGACGCGUCGUCGAUUACGAGCCUUCCAGGACUCUCCUGGAAGCAUUUUCUACGUGACCUCAAGGAAGGAACGGUGGAACAAGUAUGUCUGGUCACCAACGAGGCUCUGCGCGAGUCUGGUAACCCUGUUUACGACAUUGCACGAGAGUACGCCGACGUGUUCCCGGACAAGAUUCCGGCCGAACUCCCUGCCGAUCGUGGCGUGCGGCACGAGAUUGAUCUCGUGCCAGAAUCGAAAUAUUGUGUGACACGCCAGUGGCCGUUGCCUCGAGACCAAGUCGAGGCUAUUGAUGCAUUCUUCGAAGGUCGUCGCAAGGCCGUUCAUGUGCGUGAGAGUGUCUCACCCCAUUCGAGCCCAACCUUAUGCGUGAGGAAGGCUUCGGAGGCUGGCGUAUAG